AUGAAUCGAAGGACCGAUUACGACGCCGCCAACCUUCGAAACAUGAUGGUGGACCCUAUGAAGCUUCACUUGCACGGUUGUCGGAUUGAUGAGGUCAUCAAGGUCAUCCCGCUAGAGUCCCUUAUACGCAAUAUCACGGAUGAGGCUUGGAGAAGAGAAAACAACUGCAUGACACCAAUCAAACACAUAGCACGCCUGACGCCUUUCAUAAGUCCUCAGAAUUGGCCAACUGGCGAACCAGUGGAGCCAGCCGUCAUGCGCACUUUAUGCGCCGACCAGUUUCCCGUCUCGGAAUUCUUAGUCGAAGAUGAGAGGAUGACUUGCUUUCCGUCUCACAACCAACGGAACUUGGAAUCUGCUUGCUUCUCCGGUCGGCCAAACGCGGAUGUUGGUCCUCAAACGGAAGGUCUUCCAGAUUUAGAACCUUACAAUGGGAAGGAGUCGAUUGCGGAAGAUGAGGAUGUUAAAAGCCUUUAUACUAUUCUUUUUCGACUAGAGGUGGGCGAGGUGGCUAUAGACCCUUAUACCUCCCGUAUACUACCCUUUCAUGGAAAUCGCUAA